GAACUACUUCACCACAGAUUUUCCACACAGGGGUUUUUGUAAGUGACGUUACAAACGGAUGCAAAACUUCAGUCUGUGUGAAACAGGUGAAGCCUUGAACAUCAGAAACCUCGGUGUGAUCAGACCUCAAACUGAACCGGACGGAGGAAGAGAGGAUGACGGACAUGGAGAGCCACAAUCCAGCAUCAGAUAUUUACCCCAGCUAUGGAGUGGCCGGACCGGCUGGACCCGCGUACCCUCCUCCUCCUCCAUACAUGCCCCCUCCUUAUCCCACAGGUCCUGUCACGUACCCUCAACCCAUUCCAGCACAAGUUGGCUUUAUUGUACCCGACCUCCCGCCGGAGGAGGCAGGCUUCAAGAAAGAAGAAGACCCGAAUUCAGUCGUGACAGAUGCAUUGAAUCCAGAUCAAGAAGGUGAAAUCUUCGUAUCAGGAUUUGAGGACGACACCAUCCGCAAAGCGUUUAUCAGAAAGGUGUUCAGCGUGGUAACAAUUCAGUUACUCGUCACCUUCACUGUGGUGUGUGUGUUCACCUUCUCGAGCACAGUCAAGAUGGCGGUUCAGAGGAACUUCUGGGUGUACUUGAGUUCAUACAUCGUGUUUUUAGUGGUGGCCACGUGUAUUGGCUUUUUUUCCACAUGUAGCCGCACUCAUCCCUGGAAUCUGAUAGGACUGUCAAUGGUUACACUGAGUCUGUCUUACAUGGUGGGGACUGUGGCUUCAUAUCACGACACAGCUGCGGUGAUCAUUGCUUUAGGAUCAACUCUGGUCAUCUCGUUCACCAUCAUCAUUUUCUCUGCCCAGACGCGUCUGGACUUCACCGUGUGUAACGGCAUUUUGCUCGUGCUGUCUGUCGACUUACUCCUGUUUGGAUUCUUCAGCAUCUUUUUUUACUCCAAGGUCGUGCAGAUUGUUUACGGAUGCCUAGGAGCUCUUCUGUAUGCCAUGUUUCUGGCGGUGGACUGUCAGCUGGUGAUGGGCAGGCAAAAAUACAAUCUGAACCCUGAAGAAUACGUGUUCGCUGCUUUAAUCAUCUACCUGGAUAUCAUUAUGAUAUUCCUAUACAUACUUAUGAUUAUAGGUGGAGGCUCAAAGAACUAAACUUUGUUUAUACAGGACCCUGUUCACAUACAUGCACAGAUGUAUUUGACACAUGAACAAUUAAACACACACUCUGAAUAGCACUCGUAAUCUGCACACAAUACAUCUCAUUUAUGAAACAAAUAAAACGUCUGGUGUUCACUGAAUGUGCUGCGGCCAGCAUCUGCAGUACUUCAUAUGAUACACAUCUGCUUUGCUCCCUAUGCUGGCUACUGUUGGACAAGCAAAGACUUCGACUGACCACCAGGGGUCAGUGUGUGUCACAGACACUUUGCUGUCCUCCACUCCUAAAUGUCAAGCAGCAGAAUCCAGGUUUAAGACUUUAAGGUUUUAUCUCUUUAACAUUUAAUUUUGUUGUCUGGCUGUUUCCUUUCCAUGUUUUUGUAUUAUUAAUAGUUAUUUGAUUUGAUUCUAGCAGAUAUUGACGAUCUAAAUGACAUGCUGUCUCUUUGUCGCAAUGAUGUUUUCCUUCUGUUUUAAAAUGUGACAAAGACAAAUGAAUGAUGUUGAUCAUGAAAACCUCAAACUCUUGUACUACCCUGCAAUGUGACCUUUCUUUUUUGCGCUUGUAUUAAAUCAAUAAAUUCUGUUUAUUUACUUGA